AUGAAUCUUUUUAAAAAUAUUGAGAAGCUUAGAAGAACCAGUUUGUUGUUGAAGUUAAGGGAAACAGAAGUAACUCGUUCUUUUCAAAAAGCAACAACUAUAAAUAGUGCCCAAUUGGUCACAACUCGACCAAGGAGUAGCACAAGUGUUCUACAGAAGAUGGCUAUAGCUCUUGAUAAUCCUCGAAGAUCUUACCACCAAAUCUCUUCUCCACUCGGUACCAAUAUUAAUAUUACUAGUACUACUGCUACUACUACUGCCACAACAACAAAUAUUACUACUACUAAUACUACUGCUACUACUACUGCUACUACUACUACUACUACUACCACUACUACCAAUACUACUAUUACUACUACUGCUAUUAGCGCUGAUCAACAUUGUCGAAAUGGAGCUAGCAUCGGUGCUGAUGAUGAUCCUGAAACAGUACAACGGUUAAGUUUCGUGAGCUCAUCAACCGGUUACAGUUCAGCUCGAAGCAGCUUGAGAAGUUCCGAAAUAAGCGAUGAUACCGUCCAUCCACUUAAUGUCUCUGCCGGCAAAAAAUUGCUAACACAAGAGUCAUCAUUAUCAGAAGUACGUCGUCUAAAACUAUUCAACAGUGGUACAGUAACACAACUGGAUCGGAUUGCCAUGGAGUUACUGGAAACGGAACGUUCUUAUGUUAAUGAUCUUAAUGAUAUCAUACAGGGAUAUUUGAAUUUUCUGGUGGAUCAUCGGGAGGAGUUCGAGAUGACCGUGGAUGACAUUUCCAACACAUUUGGUUGUAUUGAACGUAUCUUUUUGUUCAAUAAAAAGUUGUACCACGAUUUGGAUGCUGCGCAACUGAGUGUCGUCUCAAUGGCAAAAUGCUUAUCAGAUAAUAUGGAUGGAUUCAAUGAUUAUGUCAUAUAUUGUACCAAAUAUCAAAUAAUGGUUGAAACGUUGUCUAUUUUACUGAAAAAUAAAAGAGUGGCGGAAACUUUGAAACUUCGACAAGCAGUCCUUGGACAUUCUCUUCCUCUUAGUGCGUAUCUGUUGAAGCCAGUACAACGAGUCCUCAAAUAUCAUCUUUUCCUUGAAAAUAUCCUAAAAGCUUCAGCGGAUUCAAAAACUCUGUCAGAUGGUGAUCGAGCUGUCAUUUUACAAGCCCUUCAUUGCAUGACUUCACAAGCAGAGAAAAUAAAUGAAGAAAAGAAGCGUGUUGAGCAUCUGGAACGUGUACGUGAGCUUCAGAAUGCCCUGCACAAGUGGUGUAUCGAUGAGAAGGAGGACCUGUCAAAGUAUGGCGAUCUACUUUUGGAAGCAACUUUUAAGCUAGCUGGUGCCAAAACUAAUCGACAAUUAUUUUUGUUUGAGGAAAUGUUGUUAAUUGUGAAGGAACGAAAUGGUGCCUUAAUUUGUAAGGAUUAUAUUAUGUGUUCAAGCUUGAUGCUAAACGAAUCAAUAUCUACUGAUCCAUUGGCAUUUCAAGUGCUCUCCUACGAUAAUCCAAAGAUCCAUUACAUCUUUCUCGCUUCCAGUAUGGAUCAAAAACGACAUUGGAUGAAGGAAUUGAAACGAAUGAUGCUGGAUCAUUAUGCAGUUCAAAUACCGGAAAAGACGAAAAUUUUGAUGCUUAGUUUAAGUGAUAAUUGUUCGAAAUCAGUUGGCUUGUCCAGUCAGCAAGGUUUUGCAUUAAAUGUGAAAAAUAACAAGAAAGUACCGAAAUAUCUUGAAAAGCGACGAAAAAGUAUUGAUGUCAACCAAACAUUCCGUCGGUCAAAUGUUCGAAAACGUUCUGGCAGUAGAAAUAUUUUGAAAGCGUCAUCAACGGGAAAUCUUACGAAAGAAGUAGGAAUGUAUCAGGAAGGUGAUGUUGCUUCGAAAAAUGCCAAUCAUUUCUGCAGUUUUAGUAAUAAUAGCAAGCCAACUACAUCCACAUCGAUGGAGAACACCUGUGAACUUGAUUGUUCCGAACUGUCGGGACGUUCAGCAGCUUUUCAGAACUUAUUUUCAAAAAAGAAAAGUGGUGAAAUAAACCGGAGAAAAUCAAGCUGUGAGCGCAAAAAUAGUCUUGCAUCUCAUUUACCGCCACCCAUUUUAAAAAAUUACCGAACAAAAAAGUCUUCGGAUAGUAUGUCAAAUACUGUUAACAAACAGGAUCGAAAUUAUUCACAGUGUCAAUGCCUGAUGGCAGAUCCCAUUACAUCCUUGUAUCCAGCAUCUCAGUCCAUCUGUCCACAUCCAAGCUCUAGUUGCUGUGCACAGAAGCAUUUCGAUGAUACGAUGGCCAUUUUAUAUGGAGAAUUACAAUUACUGAUGAAAAAUGCAGAAAAUCUUCAUAGUUUUGAUGAAAGCAACAGGAUAGAUGGUAGGAUGAACACUGGACUGCAAAGUGAAGCAACCAGUAGACUUGAUGUCCAUACUAAUGAAUAUAAAGGCCUGGAUGACUUAUCGGAAGAAUUGAAGACACGUUCUCGUUCGCUGAGUAAAUUUGAUGAGGGAACUUUUUUCGGUGAGAAAUACAGGAUGGAUGAGGAUCUGAAAAAAAACUGUCUACCGUUUGCUACUGAUUUAUCGGCAAAUUUGAUGAACGAAACUACAGCAAUGGAGUACAGUACUUCUUGCGAUCCUCCACUAGAAUCAGAAGAUGGUGAUGAACCGACAAGUGUUAUCUCCUGGAUCGAAUCACCACAUAUUAGUGAGAAAUUGCGUGGAUCGACUUCAUACCAUAACGUUUAUCAUCGUCGACGCUCAUCACGGGUAGCGGAACAAGUAUGGAGACUGCGACAUAAACACGCGCAAAAUCAUAAUGACAAUGAAAACAACACUAAUAAGAAAUUGUUGAUUUCCUCGACAGCAAGAACAGAAAUUUUACCCAAAGAUACAAUAAUGAGGAUAUCGAAGCCAUCGCAAUCAAUGGUACCAAAUCAUACUGUCAAUGGAAUCGAUCAUCGAUACUGUGUUGCUAGACAACGUACCCCGCUUACGGUAGAACAAUGUGCAGAGCUUGAUGGAGAAUUGGAUGCGAAUUUGGAUGGCGUAAAAAAAGUGAUUAAGCAACUAGAAAAGCCUAGACCACUAAUUACAUCAUCACAUCAACAUGCCAUUUAAAUUUCAGUGUUUUAAACGUUCAUCGCUUACUGCAG